UCCUUCUUCCCGCCGCCGGUGCCCAACCCCUUCGUGCAGCAGACGCACAUCGGCGCGGCCAAGCGGGUCCAGAUUUUUAUUCUUGGAAUUAUCCUACUUCCAAUUCGUGCCUUAUUGAUAGGAUUAAUUUUAUUACUGGCGUGGCCAUUUGCUGCAAUUUCGACAGCAUGCUCUUCUGAAAAACUGACCCACCCGAUAACUGGUUGGAGGAGGAAACUUACUCAGUCAGCUUUGAAGUUUCUGGGUCAUGCCAUGUUCUUUUCAAUGGGAUUUAUAGUUACUGUGAAAGGAAGGAUUGCGUGUCCUUUGGAAGCACCAAUUUUUGUUGUUGCCCCUCAUUCAACAUUCUUUGAUGGAAUUGCCUGUGUUGUAGCUGGGUUACCUUCUAUGGUAUCUCGAAAUGAGAACGUACAGGUUCCUCUGAUUGGCAGACUCUUACAGGCUGUGCAACCAGUGUUGGUGUCCCGUACAGAUCCAGAUUCCCGAAAAAACACAAUAAAUGAAAUAAUAAAGCGAGCAACGUCAGGAGGGUUAUGGCCCCAGAUACUAGUUUUCCCAGAAGGUACUUGUACUAAUCGUUCCUGUUUGAUUACUUUUAAACCAGGAGCCUUCAUUCCAGGGGUUCCAGUGCAGCCAAUCCUCCUCAGAUACCCAAACAAGAUGGACACUGUGACCUGGACGUGGCAAGGAUAUACAUUCAUUCAGCUUGUUGUGCUUACUUGCUGCCAGGUUUUCACAAAGGUAGUGGUUGAGGAUGGCCAGAUUGACAUCACCCGUUCCCAUCUUUUUACUCCUUUAAAUGCUGACCUCCACCAAGUUGAACGAUCUGCUUUCACACCCUGCCAAAAGGAGCUGAAGGUAGUUGAUGGAGCCCCACAACUUUUUGAAGAAUAUGUUCUCAUUCAGCUUGUUGUGCUUACUUGCUGCCAGGUUUUCACAAAGGUAGUGGUUGAGAAGAAGAUUGUGGUCGAAUUCAGUUCACCUAAUGUUGCCAAAAAAUUUCAUGUUGGACAUUUGCGUUCUACCAUCAUAGGAAAUUUUAUAGCAAAUCUCAAAGAAGCUUUAGGACAUCAA